AUGAAUCCGUCAUCAUCAUCGAUGGCGCCAGUAUUAGCUGAUUAUCAUAAAAAAACAGCAAAUUUACGUUCAAAAAUAUUAAAAAGUGAAGAAGAACGUAUUCAACUUGAACAAAAAUUACAUUCAUUAUCAAAUAUUGAUACACGUUUAAAAAAACAACAACAAAUUGAAUAUAUUCAAUCAUAUUUUACAAAACUUAAUGAAGAAUCUCAACGAGCUACACAACGUAAUUUAAAUUUAUUAAAUGAUUUAACACAAGCUGAACAUAAUUUAAAUCAAUUACGUAUUGAUACUGAACAAUUAAUACGUUUAAAACAUGAUUAUUUACAAUAUUUAGAAUCAAGUCAUUCUAAUCAACAAAAAAUUGAUGGAAAUUUUCGAUAUAAUACAUCAACUAUUCAUCAGUCCGAUAAUAAUAAUAAUAAUAAUAAUUCUUCUUUAUUAUAUAAAAAUUAUGAAGAUCAAUUAAAAAUUAAUUUAGAUCGUACAACAAAUUCUGAAAUAAAAGAUGAUCAAUCAAUAUCUGAUACAACAUCAAAUACAUUUUCACGUUCAAAACGUUCAGGUUCAUUACGUAUGGAAUUACAUCGUUCAGGUCUUUAUUUUUUAUUUGAUUAUAUUGAAAAAGAAUUAAAUCAUAUAAUUGAUAAAAAAAAAUUCUAUCGUCAUGAUCCACCAACAAUAACACAAACACGUACAAUAAUUGAUAUAGCUAAUGAACAACAACAAUAUGGAUUAAAAGAUCUUGAUCCAACAACAACAUCUAUGGUUAUAUUUGAUCAAUUACCAUCAAUAAUACGUCGUACAACAAUAAAGAAAUGUUUAUUAACAGAAGAUAUACUUUCAUUAAAUAUUAAAGAUUUAGAUAAAGAUAUUAUAACAAAAAUGUUACCUGAACAAGAUCGUUCAUUAUGGAUACGUUUAAUUGAUCAUUUUAUACGUUUAUUAAAAUUACAUAUAAUGAGUUCACAAACAUUAGCUAAUAAAUUUGCACCAACAUUAUUACCAAAUAAUUCUAUUUAUUUAUAUGAUAAAGCUAAAAGUCUUUUAAAACAUAUUGUUGAAAAAAUUGUUGGAAUACAACAAUCAAGUUCUGAUGAUGAUACAUUAACAGAUAAAAAACAAUCUAUACAACAACAUAUUAUUAAAACAAAUACACCACCAGCAACAACAACACCACGAUCAACAUCAUCAUGGUUAAAUAAAUUAACAUCUGGUCGUGGUAUUAUUGAUAAUGAUGAUGAUUUUGAUACAUCAUCAUCAUCAUCAUCAAUGAUGACAAAAUCAAAGAAAAGUAUUAAAUCAAUAACUUCAGCAUCAACAAUACCAAGAACAGAUGUUAAUCGAGAUGAUAGUGAUCUAGAAUUUUAUAGUUAA